UAUUAAGACUUUAAGCUAGCUAGCUGCGCUGUCAGUGUUGAAACAAAUCGAAACAGAGACCAUGCAAGUAAUUGAGGGAGUUUUCAGCAGAUCAACCACGCGCCUUCUGAAUACCGUACUCUUGGUGCUGUGAGGCGGUUAGUUUUCAACUUUCCUGCAACUCCUUAGUCCUUCUUAAUCUAUUUGUCAUAUCAGAUUGGGCAGACAAAUCAGCUUCGAACACCAAGUACCGUUCCGCUGGCGGGAUUUACUUCUUCCAAACUUGCAAACAGGAUACGAUGGGCAGAGUGAUCCCCCGCAAUGGGAGCGGCCCGCUUGCGAUGGGCACCCAUCACCUGUUGCAAGAUCAAGCGGCAGAUCUGCCGGACGAAGAUGGGGUCAUGUUUGAGGAUGCAAUUGCCGGUGUGGAGAGCCUUGACUAUGAAGUUGUGGAGAGCUUUGUCAACCGAGAAAACCAGGCCCGGAAGGGCUUCGUCGAGCAGGCAACGUAUGUGGCUUUGAAGUGGCUGCUCGCACUGCUCAUUGGAAUUGCCACGGGCCUGGCCAUCUGGUUCAUCAACCUCUCCGUCGAGAACUUCGCCGGGUUCAAGUUCUCGGUCACCUUCGCCGCGAUGCGCUUCUCGUACUUCCUCUCGUUCCUAGUUUACGCCGCGUUCAACACCACUCUCGUCCUCAUGUCCGCCGUCGUUGUCUGUUACUACGCCCCCGCGUCCGCCGGCUCCGGCAUCCCCGAAAUAAAGGGUUAUCUUAACGGCAUUGACAUGCCCGGCAUCCUACUCGCCCGCACUCUGGUGGGGAAAGUCGUGGGCAGCAUCGGCAGCGUGGCGGGGGGGUUGGCGCUGGGCAAAGAAGGCCCCCUGGUGCACACGGGCGCAUGUAUCGCAUCGCUGCUGGGGCAAGGGGGGUCCACCAAGUACCACGUGUCGUCGCACUGGGUGCGCCUCUUCAAGAACGACCGCGACCGGCGAGACCUGGUGACCAUUGGUUCCGCAGCGGGAGUCUCGGCGGCGUUCCGCGCUCCCGUUGGGGGCGUCCUGUUCGCUCUGGAGGAGAUGUCGUCAUGGUGGCGGCCCGCGCUCAUGUGGCGCGUCUUCUUUGCGUCCGCAAUCGUGGCAGUCACGGUGCGCACGGCGAUGGGGUGGUGCACGCACAACAACUGCGGCCACUUCGGUUCGGGGGGGUUCAUCGUGUACGAGCUGGUGGGCGGUCAAGAGGAGUACCACUUCAGCGAGCUCCUGCCGAUGGCGCUCAUCGGCGUCGUGGGGGGGAUUCUUGGUGCCCUCUACAAUCAGUUGACUGCGCUGCUCGCAACGUGGCGGCGGGACGUGCUGCACCCGCGCGGCAAGCACGUCAAGGUGAUGGAGGCGUGCGCGGUGGCGCUGCUGACGUCACUCUGCUCCUUCUGCCUGCCCCUGCUGACGACCUGCACCCCGUGCCCCGACCCCGAGAAGUUCCCGGACGUGGAGUGCCCCCGUCACGACACGUACUUCGGCAACUUCGUCAGCUUCAACUGCGCCUCGGGGGCCGAGUACAACGACCUCGCCACGCUCUUCUUUAAUACGCAGGAUGACACGAUCCGCAACCUGUUCAGCACGCGCACGUAUCACGAGUACUCCCCGCACACGCUCCUCGCGUUCCUCGUCAUCUUCUACACGCUCUCCGUCGUGACCUUCGGGAUCGCGGUCCCCGCCGGGCAGUUCGUACCGGGCAUCAUGGUCGGGGCGACGUACGGACGAUUAGUCGGCAUGCUAGUGGUCCACGUGUCGACCCGGGAGGACAUCGACGAGGGCACGUAUGCGCUGCUCGGCGCGGCGUCGUUCCUGGGGGGGUCCAUGCGCAUGACCGUCAGCCUGUGCGUCAUCAUGGCGGAGAUCACGAAUAACCUGAAACUGUUGCCGUUGAUAAUGCUGGUGUUACUGGUUGCGAAGGCGGUGGGGGACGGGUUCACGCGCGGGUUCUACGAGGUGCACGCGGCGGUGAAGAAGAUCCCGCUGCUGGAGCCGCACGCGAAGCGCUUCAUGCGGGAGUUUACGGCGCGGGAUGCGGUUAAUCGGCAGGUGGUGCCGCUGUCGCGCAUCGAGCGCGUGGGUCACAUCGUGUCGGUGCUCCAGCGGGAGAACCACCACGCGUACCCCGUGCUGCAACAACUCCCGGGCGGGGAGGCCGCGCUGCUCGGGACCGUGCUGCGCAGUCACCUGAUAUCACUCCUCAUCGCUCGGCGGGAUUUCCACGCGUCACCAGCGGAAGCGGCCGCUGAAGGCACGCAAAGGUACGACGUGACCGACUUCUCGAAGCCUGUGAGCAGCCACGGUCGCGAUAUCGAGGACGUGCACCUCUCCCCCGAAGAGCGCGCCAUGUUCCUGGACUUGCUACCCUUUGUCAACGCGUCGCCCUACUUCGUCUCCGAAGACAUGGCGCUCAACAAGGUCUACUCCCUCUUCCGCCACCUAGGGUUGCGUCACCUGAUGGUCGUCCCGGCGCCGUCGCACGUGUCUGGCGUCAUCACGCGAAAAGACUUACUACACGAAGUGCUGGAAGAAAAGGUGAUGGGGUCUCAGGACGGCUCGCGGAGACCCAGAAUACAGCAGCUCAUGCGUAGGAAACGACGACGAAGCGAAAACGGGGGGUCGGAAGCCGGGGUUGCGAGGUCGCCGCAUGUCGCGAGCAGCUUGCUCGACGAGGAGUCGGAUUUGGAAGUGUAGAGUCAGAGCAUGACCCGUUGUUGUAUAUUUGCAAUUCGUGUAUACGUCUGAUGGAAUUCUGCUGGCGGUUCUAUGAGUCAGAUUACGCAGGCC